AUGCCCCGGACGGGGGGAGACACGGGUGUGCGCCCCGUCCGUGUGCGGAGAGACCGGCACCGGCAGUGCAGGGACCCGUCGGGCCGCCGUGUCCCGACAGGACGGGAAGGGAUGGAAGGCAGGGGGGUGUUGGGAAACAGCGCGGCCGGAGCCCCCGGCGCUGCCCCCGGUGCGGGCUCCGGGCAUGCCGGGGCCCCCGCGCUGGCCGCCGGCAUGAAGACGGAAGAAGCUCCGUCCUGCCUGCAGCAGGCAACGCCGGUCCUUGGCUUCGGUCCCGACUCCAAGAUGCGGGAGGUGUGUGCAGGAUGUGACACCCCCAUCUCGGACCGGUUCCUGCUCCGUGUCAAUGAGCGCUCGUGGCACGAGGCCUGUGUGAAAUGCGCCGUGUGCCUGCAGCCGCUGGCCGGGACCUGCUACUGCCGCAACCGGCAGCUCUACUGCAAGCACGACUAUGAGAAGCUGUUCCAGACCAAGUGCAGCAGCUGCUUGAAGGCGAUCGCCCCGUCCGAGCUCAUCAUGAGGGUGCUGGAGAACGUCUACCACGUGCACUGCUUCUACUGCUGCGAGUGCGAGCGGCGCCUGCAGCGUGGGGACGAGUUCGUGCUCAAGGAGGGGCAGCUCCUGUGCCGCAGCGACUAUGAGAAGGAGAAGGAGAUGCUGAGUGCUAUCAGCCCUGCACCCACCGAGUCUGUGAAAAGCGAGGAUGAAGAUGGUGGCCACUCCCAUGGCAAAGGCAGCGAGGAGAGCAAAGACCACAAGCGCUCCAAGCGCCCGCGCACCAUCCUCACCACGCAGCAGCGUCGGGCCUUCAAAGCUUCCUUUGAGGUUUCCUCUAAACCCUGCAGAAAGGUAAGAGAGACCUUGGCAGCCGAGACGGGCUUGACCGUGCGGGUGGUACAGGUCUGGUUCCAGAACCAAAGAGCCAAGAUGAAGAAGAUUGCUCGCAGGCAACAACAGCAGCAGCAGCAACAGCAGGAGCAGGAGCAGAUGGGCAACCCUCGCCUGGGCACUGGGAGAGGCACCGGUCGCAACAGCAGGCAGAGCAAUGAUGACAGCGAAGACGGCGCGAGUGUUCACGGCCUGGAUGGGCUCAUGGUUCCCUACCCCAGGAUCCCCCAGCAGCAGCUCCUGCCCCUGGACCAGAAUGGCUACAGCACAGACCUGUACAGACAAGGGCUGACACCACCUCAGCUGCCAGGAGACCAUCUGCACCCCUACGACUCGGAAGGAGUCUUUCACGACAUGGACAGUGACAGCAUCAGCCACCUAGGAGACUGCCUGCUCUCCACAGCUGAAGCCAACCUCCUCCAAGCCCGUGUGGGCAACCCCAUCGACCGACUCUACUCCAUGCAGAGCUCCUACUUCACAUCCUGACCAUAGAAAAGCCGCCAGCCCUUCACUGAGUAUCUCGGGUGGAUGCUGCUUCCUAUUCAGAAUGAGGGUGAGGAGAAGAACCAAGGCUGAGACCUUCAGAGACAUUCCUUGAGCACUGCACAAUGGAGGAGGCAACUCGGUCACCUACAAGCACUAAUUUAUGGGGACCUUUCAGAGCCUGAAGGACUUUGGAGCGCCUCUCUCCUUUUUUCUAGCCACAAGUAGAUCCAUGGUAUGAUGUUGUUUAGCUGUACCUUUAGCAGUUUGUCCAGUGUUGAAGCUUUUGAGCAUUAUGUCCUGCAAACAAAGACUGGCCAAGCUCCCCAGAGCUGCCCCUAGAAGCAGGAGGAGCCCUUCCCACCACAAUUCCCUUUAUUUAAGCCUUGGUUGCAGCUGAGCUGCUUGCUGUGCUCUUUUGCCUCCUUUCCCAACCCAGAUGCAGACUUCACGGGACAAGGGUAACUUGCAACAGGAAAAUCCAAGUUCCUGAGACAUCUCUAGGGGAUGACACUGCUGCUUCCCAGAUUUUCUAUGUGACCCAGGACAGGUUUGUAACGUUUGCCACUUAGAAAUGCACAUCCAUCAUCCAUCAUCAUGCCACGAGGCAGGCGAGUCACAAGAAGCAAUGUUUUGUACCUACAAAAAGGGCGAGAAAGAGAGAGCAGAGAAUGGAAGUCUGUGUUAUCACCAAAGGGAAACUCUUUAUUCUCCUGCCUAGGACCCAAGGCUGGGAUUUCAUUCUUUCUAUAGGUGAAGGAGAGCUGGUAUUCCUGGUAAGGUCAGGUUUUCCCAGGAGCCUGCCUAACAGCACGCCAGCUGAAGGAAUACUAACUUGCCCUUGUCUAUUUAAACUGAACAGACAACUCCAAAAGGAAAUAGAGACUCUUUUCCAACCUGGGAUCUCCAGAGUUGGAGCCUAGUGGUGCAGCCUGAGAGCUGAUGGUUCUGUACGUGGUGGUGUACGUCCAAGCCUCCCCAGGCUGAUUUUAAAGGUGUGUAGCCUCUUCAAUGUAAAAGAAAUACCUGAUUCUUGUUGUCUGCAGUUACAGAGGCUGAACCAGAGCCCUUAUCAAUCACUUCACUCUUGCUUCACCUUUAAUAAAGCUGUGUGAACGUGACACGUGCUCAUGUGCAGUCACUUCCCGUUGCCUCUACAGCGCUAAGUUCUGUAGCUGGACUUUGCUCUUGGUACCAGAUGAUGUCUCUCCCCAGAGACAUCUCCUCAUGUACGUAGCCUACAGACACUCUGACAUUGCUUUUUAUGAGGGAAGGGGAAGCCUUUUGCACCAACAGCUCUUUAUGCCACAUGUUUGCCCAGAUAGACAAGUUCUAGCCCAAGCUGCUGCAGUUGGGUGGCUUCCACCCUUGUGAUGUGGUCAACCAGCCCUAAGAAACAGAACUCAAGCUGUUUGUUGCUUAUAGAGGCUCUUGCACUAGAGACAUUUUCAGGUUAAAGAGGAUGUUCCAGUGAACUAUGUACCCAAAUACCAGAGCCAGCUUCACCCACUGCACCCUCACCCUCUCUUCCUUGUGAUCCAGUGCUGUGAUGUGCCCAUGCGGUUUUCUUUGCAUGUACAUUUGAAAACCAUCAUAAUAAUACUAAUAAUAAAGCAAAC